CAAAUUUGUGGUUCGAAACGAGUUAUUUGGAAUAAAACGUGAAUUACUGCCGUAAUAAUUGCAAAAAAUAUCGUUUAAUUUCAUAUCCGUGCAGCACUGCAACUAAAGUACGAUGCCGAAAAACAAAAGAGAUCAGAAAGUUUCGUUGACCAAAACCGAUCGGAAGGGUUUGUCGAACAAGCAGCAGAUCAUCACGGACAUCCAGGAAUGUCGGCAAAAGUACGACAAUGUUUUCCUGUUUACCGUUCAGAAUAUGCGCAACACCAAACUGAAGGACGUGCGGUCGGCUUGGAAGAACUCGCGCUUCUUUUUCGGUAAAAAUCGUGUCAUGCAGCUGGGACUGAAGUUUGUCAGCGACGACACGGACGAGGAUCCGAAGCUGGAACAGGAUCUGGAGAAGCUGCGGGAGCAGAUGGUCGGUCAGUGUGGCUUGCUGUUUACGUCCGAGGGCAAGGAGACGGUGCUGGAUUGGUUCGAAUCGUACUCGGCCACCGAGUUCGCUCGCAGUGGAUUCAAGGCGACAAAAACGGUGCUGCUGAAGGAGGGUCCACUGGAGCAAUUUUCACACGCUAUCGAACCGCAUCUUCGUUCCCUGGGAAUGCCGACGAAGCUCGACCGAGGAAUUGUUACAUUGUACAAAGAUUUCACCGUGUGCGAAAAGGAUAAGGUAUUGACGCCGGAGCAGGCACGAAUCCUGAAACUGUUGGGAAAUCCAAUGGCUAAAUUCAAGGUCAUUGUCAACUGCUGCUGCACGAAGGAGAACGGCUUCGAAGAGAUUAAGAAGCGGUCUAUCAAACUCACAAAGAAGACUAGGAAGGCACUGCCUAAGAAGCCCAAGAAGUCAAAGUCCGAAGAAGCAAUGAGCGAGGAUGAGGACGAGGAUGAUCAGGAGGACGAAGAUAUGGAUGUGAACGACGACGAUGAUGAUGAUGAUGACGACGAGGAUGAUGAUGACGAGUAGCUUUUUAAGGUUAGUGUUAUUCUUGUUAGGCUAA